CACUGUUCACGCCUGCUUCGUCCAAUAAAAUUCGGAGAAACGUCAUCUCGGUGUGGCUUCGCCGAGCAGCUUGUGUUUUGUUUGCGAAUAUUUCUCUUCUCAGACAGAACUGCCCGUCGUCAUAUUCGUUGCUCGUUUCUCGGUUAGAAUGUUUAAGAAAUUUGACGAGAAGGAAAGCGUUUCGGGCAUUCAGCAGCUCAAAUCAUCGGUACAAAAGGGCAUCCGAAAUACGCUGAUUCAAGAGUAUCCACACAUCGAGGGCCACAUCGAUCAGAUUCUGCCCAAGAAGGAUCAGUUUCGUAUUGUGAAAUGCCAUGACCACAUAGAGCUCCUGGUGAACAGCGCCGGCGAACAGCUGUUCUUCCGGCAUCGGGACGCCUUGUGGAUGCCGACGCUGCGGUUAUUCCACAAAUAUCCCUUCUUUCUGCCGAUGCAGCAGGUCGACAAGGGCGCUAUCCGGUUUGUGCUGAGCGGAGCCAACAUUAUGUGUCCGGGACUGACCUCGCCGGGUGCGUGUAUGACCAAAGUGGAUAAGGGCACCGUGGUGGCGAUUCUUGCCGAAGGGAAAGCAAACGCACUGGCCAUCGGCCAGACCACGUAUUCCACCGAUGAUAUCGCUAAGAUUAACAAAGGAGUGGGCGUGGAGAAUUGUCACUACCUCAACGAUGGACUCUGGCAGAUGAAGCCAGUGAAGUAAAUAUGCUAAAAUCCACUGGCUGUGCUGUGUUCCUUCACAAAAAAAAAACUGACAAACAACAGAGAACGGAAUAAAUUAUAAAUUGGUGUAAUAGUUCAAGUA